AUGUCAGAGAUCUUGGAGGAUUCUAGGAUAAUUUACGUUUCAACCUUAGAUACGAUAGAGCCAAUGAUCAAUUCAUCUACGUUGAAGACCUCAAAAUUCAGGUUACGUUAUGAGAAACUUGAUAAUUUGGAAGAAUUUGGUACAUCCGGUAAAGGGGUCGUAUUUAAUUAUGACUUAAAAUCAUGGAAGUAUAAUAAGCAAUUUUUUAUUCAAUCCAUCACAUCUCAUGGAUUUUUAAGAGAAACUGUUAAAGAAACGAACAAGUUAUUUAAAGAAUUAGAAAGUUGUUGGGAUUUGAUUGGAAAAGAAGGAUUAACGAGCGAUUUCACUUAUUGGACACAUAGUUUCACAUCAGAUUUAAUCCUAUUUAUCACUACAGGAAGAAAAGGAUAUUGUAUGGAAGCAAAAUUUAAUGAAUAUUAUAAAAAAUUCAAUCAGAAUCUUGACAGGAAUGGAAAUGAUGACUUACAUGAGGAAAAGAUUAAAAAAUGUUUGAAUUUAUUUCAUGACGUGGAAUCAUUAUUAGCAGGAUAUUCGUACUUUGUCAUGUUCCCUUCCUUUGUUAGGAACUACUUUCCAAUUAUGAAGAGCAAAACCAAAUCUAUCUUAGAUUGUAGGGAUAGAGUUUUCAAUGGAAUGUUACAAAUAAUAAACGAAAGAAGAGAAGAAAUUGAACAAACUCCUUUAGGUCAACCCCUUAGAAAUGAUAUGUUGACAUCUUUUAUUACGGCAAAUACAUCCAGGGAUAUUAGUGAGAUUCGACAAGUUGAAGAGGAAUUAAUGCGUCCUAUGACCAAUGAUGAAAUUAAAGUUAAUCUGUUAGAAGCCAUAACCGCAGGACUUGAUACCAUGGCAAACACGAUCGCGUUCACGGUUUAUUACAUAUGUCAAUAUCCCGAAGUGAAAAAACGACGAUCCGACUCGAGACAUCACUUAUGA